AUGCUCGUCCACUUUGCCGCGUCGGAGGCGGCCUGCCGCGCCGCUUGCUCGGCCCGCGCCGACUGCCGCUUCUUUACAGUGUACCGGGACGCGCAGCGCAGGGGCUCUCGCUCCGCGAGGCUCGUGAGCUUCUGUUCGCUCUGCGCCGCCUGCGACUACACGGACGUCGACUACCACCACCUUCGCGUGAUCGCAGCGCACCGUCACUACCGCAGCCGCGCGAUCGCCUACGCGUCCUUCGUCAAAACGCGCAGCCCGGCCGAGGAGCUCGUGCGGCAGCGCACCGUCACCGCCGCGGCCCUGCACGACAUCCAGGGCGCCUACUCGACCGCGGUGUACGGCGCACCCGGCCGCGUGGACUUGCACGCGCUGCGGGUGGUGUACCUGCGCCUGCUCUCCGACGCGGCGGUGCGCAGCGUGGCGCGGGUGGGCGUGUGCCACAAGACGGCGCGCCCUCCGCGCCAGCCCUUUUACUGGGCGCACGCGGUGAGCGAGCACUCUCCGCUCGACACGCUGUGGGUGCGGCCGGCGCGGCCCGAGCGGCCCUUCCCAAACGGCUCGUGGGUCGAGGUGACGCACUGCCCGUGGGCGGACGAUCGCGACGAGACGACGCACGCCAUGUUCCUCUACUACGCCGCCGGCUCGGGCCUGUCGAUCAACCUCGGCCGCACCCUCGUCGUCCCGCGCGUGCCCGGCAACCGCGACUUUGUCAACGGCGAGGCGCGGACGGAGAUCAUCUGGCUGCGCCGCGCCGAGUGCGAGGCGCUGCGCCCGACCGACGAGGGGGUCAUGUGCGGCCGCCACCCCCACCUCUUCCGCUGCGACGCGAACCGCACCGCGGCCGUCACGUGCGGCGCGCGCAACGGCGACUUCUUCUCGAGGCCCUACCGGCGGCGCGGCCUGCCCGGCCUCAUGCCCCACUUCCUCAACGGCCACCAGCCGCCCCCGGGCGCCUCGCGCGGGGAGCUGCAGGAGGCCAACCGCAGCGCCGCUGCCGGCGUCGGCUUCGACCAGCGGCGCCUCCACACCAAGUGCGCCUCGAGCUGCUUCCCCGAUGCGCUGCCCGGCGGCGGCUGGUCGCGGGAGUCGUUUCGCCUGUCGGCGCAGCUGACCGUGCCAUGA